AUGGCGAUCUGGGACUCUUUCAGUGGCCGCAAGUCGACAACGACUCAAGAUACAUUCGAUCCCAACUCGGCACCAGAUGUUUCAUCUAUUAUCGGCCACGGAUCUUUUCCCGAUCCUUCCCAGCUCCACCCACUUGCUGGUCUCAACCAAGACACCCUAGAUUACCUCACCCUGGAGGACUCUGUCCUUGACGAACUUCCCGGAUCACGAUCGGCUCUGCCUUCGAGGGGUUGGUCAGACGAUCUCUGCUAUGGCGCCGGUACGACAUAUUUGGCUGGUCUGACAAUAGGAGGCGCCUGGGGACUCGCAGAGGGUCUCCAACGAACACCAGUCACCGCACCACCCAAACUGCGUCUCAAUGGCGUUCUCAACUCCAUCACGCGACGGGGACCUUUCUUGGGAAAUAGUGCAGGUGUCGUGGCUAUGGUUUACAAUGGAAUCAACUCGAUGAUAGGAUAUACACGCGGAAAGCACGAUGCGGCCAACAGCAUUGCUGCCGGUGCUUUGAGUGGAAUGAUCUUUAAGAGCACUCGGGGCACAAAACCGAUGCUCAUCUCCGGCGGUAUUGUGGCUAGCAUUGCAGGUGCCUGGAGUGUUGCCCGCAAGGUCGUCUUUGAAUAA